AUGGGGGUGUACUGUAUCCAUGGGGGUGUAUUGUAUCCAUGGGGUGUAUUGUAUUCCUGGGGGUGUAUUGUAUUCCUGGGGGUGUACUGUAUCCAUGGGGGUGUACUGUGUUCCUGGGGGUGUACUGUAUUCCUGGGGGUGUACUGUAUUCAUGGGGGUUUAUUGUAUUUCCUUACAGAUAUUUUCUCUCAGAUCUCAGAUUCCCACGGGCUGCUGCUGUUCCCCAAGUUUGAGCAGUUCCUGCGGGAGGUGCUGAAGUUGCCCACGGCCGUGUUCGAGGGCCCCUCCUUCGGCUACACCGAGCACUCGGUGCGCACCUGCUUCCCCCAGCAGAAGAAGGUGAUGCUGAACACGUUCCUGGACACGUUGAUGGCCGACCCUCCUCCCCAGUGCCUUGUGUGGCUGCCCCUCCUGCACAGACUGGCCCACGUGGAGAAUGGUAAAUGCAAAAUUCCUCAGGGUUUGGCGGGGUCUGGGG